GAGGCUUUUAGCGUCGGCAGAACAAGACCGUCGCUCGUGUUAGUCGUGCUCGAUUGGUGGAACGGAAUUUCGUACGACGACGAGGAGUUUUGUUGCGUGUACCCGAUCGAUUGUUAAUAUAUGAUCAUUAUCGAAGAUUAAAAGAAUUUUCAACUUUCAUGAAGUUCGCCUUCAGUGGAACCGGCGGGAUGUUGGACCGCGUCAGCAGCAGCUUCGUAAGAUGGACAGUGCUUUUACUCUGCUUAUUAUCGGCAAUUUCUGGUCAAUUGGACCUACCGCCCUACAGAGACGACGAUGCUGCUCGACAACCACUACCACCCAAUGAAAUAAAUUACCAGAACAUCCUAGCUAGAUUAGAUUUCCUAGGCGCAGAGAGAUGUAGUGCUAAUGUGAUAGCUCAAUGGGCAUACGAAACUAAUGUCAAUGAAUACACGCAGCUACAAGCGCUGGAUGCCCAACGCUUAUAUGCGGACUUCCAAUACCAAGCAUGGCUUUUAAUCUCGAGAAUCGACAUAAAUUCUAUUCGAGACCCCAUCAUCAGGCGACGACUCCGUUAUUUGUCCGUGGUGGGCCCUUCAGCACUACCACCUGAUCAACUGGACAGGUAUAAUCGCUUAAUCAACGACAUGCUUGCGAUUUAUAAUGGAGCGACCAUAUGCGCUUACAACGAUCCGUUCCGGUGUGGACUGCGUUUAUAUCCAGAUAUAUCGCAAAUCAUGGCGAAAAGUCGGGAUUGGGACGAAUUGCAGUAUGUCUGGACCGAAUGGAGAAGACGAAGUGGCAGACCGAUUAGGGAUCUAUAUCAUCAACUUAUUGCGCUGACCAAUGAUGCUGCAAGAAUGAAUAACUUUACUGAUGCCGCCGAAUAUUGGAUGUUCCCUUACGAAUCUCCUAAUUUCCAACAAGACAUUGAUGAAGCUUGGGAAACGAUACGUCCGCUUUACGAAGAACUACAUGCUUAUAUUCGCAGAAGGCUGAGAGAUCUCUACGGUCCUGAAAAAAUUGGCGCACACACACCUCUUCCGUCUCAUAUUCUCGGUAACAUAUGGGGACAGUCUUGGACUAAUCUUUUGGAUGUUACUUUGCCGUAUCCGGGUAAAACCUACCCCGACGUCACGCAGGAAAUGCGAGCUCAAGGCUAUACUCCUAUUGACAUGAUUCGGGUGGCCGAGGAAUUCUAUCUGUCUUUGAACUUGAGCGCAUUGCCACCGGAAUUCUGGGCCGGAAGCCUAAUCGCCGAUCCUGGCGACCGCCCAUUAAUUUGUCAGGCGUCCGCAUGGGACUUUUGUAAUCGCAUAGAUUACAGAAUCAAAAUGUGUACAAAAGUGACGAUGAAGGAUUUGAUAACUUUGCAUCACGAAAUGGCACACAUUCAAUAUUUCUUGAGGUACAGUGGUCUACCUCGAGAAUUUCGUGACGGCGCUAAUCCAGGAUUCCACGAGGCGGUCGGCGAAGCCGUCGCCUUGAGCGUCACGACGCCGCAGCAUCUGCAAACUCUGGGCCUGGCGAACACGUUCAUCGAUGAACGCUCCGCGGACAUAAACUACCUCUUCGCCUUGGCUAUGGAUAAACUGGUGCUGCUGCCCUUCAGCAUCGCGAUGGAUAGGUGGCGAUGGGACGUUUUCCGCGGUUUCGUCAAUAAAGAGGAGUAUAAUUGUCACUGGCACAGACUGAAGGAGCAAUACACGGGCACGAAGCCACCAGUUCUGCGAUCCGAGGACGAUUUCGAUCCAGGAGCGAAGUAUCACAUCCCGGCCAAUAUUCCCUACAUACGAAAUUUCGUGGCUGGGGUCCUGCAAUUCCAAUUGUAUCGCGCACUAUGCCAGGCUGCGGGUCAAAGAUCCGAAAUCGACAAUCCUAGGAGGCAGCUGCACAGAUGUGACUUUUACAGAAAGCCCGAAGCCGGCAGGAUCUUGGGGAGAUUGAUGGAGAGGGGCUCGUCCAUCCCGUGGCGAGAUACGCUGGCAGAAGCUAUCGGCGAGUUCAGAUUAGACGGAUCCGCUCUUAGGGAGUAUUUCCGGCCAUUAGAGGACUGGUUGAGGACCGAGAAUUUGAGGACGGGCGAAGUAGUCGGCUGGUCAUACGAUGGAGACUUUUGCAAGAGGAGCAUAGAGACCGCGGGCCUGCAGGUUUACGGUAGCGGCUUCUACAACAGCGGCACAUCCAUCUCCGCGUCUUGGAUCGUUACGGGAAUCAUGAUGGUUCUUUGGAUUGUAUCAACACUUUAUUGAACACGAGUAGCUGAUUCAUCAUCGAGCACUGAUGAUAAUAAAUUAAAGGAAGCACCGUUAAUUUGCCAAAAUAUAUCCAUUCGUAUUCCUGUAAGAUCACUGGAUAAAUCUGAAUGAAUACAAUAAUAGUUAAAUUACUAAUUUGAAUGUACCAACCAGAUUGAUUGACGGUAAAAUAACGAUCGUUACUGCCAAAUAAUACAAACAUACUAAAGUACACUCUUGUCAAGCGUCAAGCUGCAUGCUUUACGCGAUGUAAAAAGGUCGCGCUGUCAAUUUAUAAACUUGUUAUUACGUAGGUCUGUAUAAUUGUAAUACUAUUAAUAUUAUACGUUUAUGCUAUAUAUUAUAUUAUAUGACAUGUCAUGCUAUAAUGUUACAUACGUGGUAUUAUGAUUAAGAAUAUAAAGCGUGCCUGAAAACGUCGUAUGUGUUGUGCGUGGGUGUAAAUGCAUAAAUCAUUUCAUAUACUUGAACGGCUCGUGAUUCACGUCCUGUAACUAUCAACUUCACUGUUGAUUGAUCAAAUAAAAUUAGAUCUAUUGUUGUAAAAGAAAACUUCGGAAUUUUCAUCGAAACGCUUGUUAUGUCAUUCUAACAAACAGUUUUAUUUUCUAAACAUCUAGCUCUGUACGCUCCAACUUUUUUAACAGGAUUGCAAAAUCGAGGCAUAGCACCGUCUAGUAUUCUAUUUUACUUUACGAAGUUACUUUUUAAUUGUUCAAGUAAAUCAAAUUAUUCUUUUUGCUCGCAACUAUCACACAAAAAGAAGUUCAUUAAAUAAC